UUGCGCAUGCGUACGGGCGGUUUCCGUUGAGACAGAAAAAAGUAAAAUAAUUACGAACGUUAGAAAAAGUCAAAUUUACUCGUUAGUUUAGGAUACUGUCACAGAACAUUGCUGGAAAGCUGUAAACAAAAUCAUGGCCCAUCAAGAGGGCCAGCAAAAUGACCAUUUGGCCGACGGCUGGUUGAGUGCUUUUGAGGAAGAAUGCUUGGAGGAUUUGGAAAGUUCGGAAACAAAUAUGGAGGAAACCGUUCAGAGAGAUACAGACUUUGCCAUGCAGAAACUCUUCUUACAGUUUCAAAAUUCUGCAACAGCAAUUGCUCAAUUAUAUAAAGAUCGUUCCAGUGGGCUUUCAUUAUGGAUUCCGUUUCAGAAUGCUGCAUCAUCAGUAACUACUCUGUAUAAAGAUAGUGUAGAUACAGCCAAACAUUGCAUGGAAUCUGGUGUUCAGAGAGGCCGACAGAGGCAACUCAAAGACAUUGUUUCUUGGGUAAAAAAACGAAGAAGACAUAUAAGACGUGAAGAUUUGUUAGCUUUUCUUAGUGGUAAAAAUCCACCACAAAGAACUAAAAUGUCUGGUAGUGUUGUACGACAUAGUGCAUCAGCAAGAAUGGAUCGUUCAUUUCCAAGGUUUCCUUCAGCAGAUAACUUACCUCGGAGUACAGAGGCGGACCUGCAGUGCUUCAGAGAAGCUAUUGCCUUACAAGGUCUAGAUGGAGCUAUGUCAAACAUCAGUGUUGGAUUUAGGCCACAUAGUAAUUCAAAUCCUAACACGUUAUCUGGCCUGCCGAAAACCAAUGUGGAGGAACUGAACUCUUUCAUUUUAGAGGAGUUUUCACGCAACUGUGAUUCUCGGAAACGAUCAGCAACUCCAGAUGUUAAUAUGGACUCUCCGACAAGAAAGAAGAAUAGAUUAUUAUAAACUGUCAUUGAAUCAGCUGUUACAUAAUGAUAUUCUUAGUUUAUGGAACUUUAAUAACAAUUAUAACGAACUGUUUUUGCUACUUAUUUGUGAUAUUUUCAAUCAUUAUAGCCUGGAAAAAAGAAAAUUAAUAAAUACCAAUUAGUCACUCAUGUAAAGUCAUAUUUUGGUAGGCAAAUAAGUGGCUAAAAAAACCAUCUCUUCGAUCAUUUUAUUUGUUUGUCGGAUGUAAUACUUCAUUUAACAAGCUGUAUACAUUUAUAGGUAGAAUUUGCGCAUAUAAAGAUGUUUGGUUAUACAAUAUAGUAUUCUGAAAUCUUGGACUGAAAUCCAGGGUGGCCACAGGUUCUUGAUUAAGUAGAAGUAAAUUGAGUGACUGUUUCAGAAUUGUUAAAAUUUGCCAGUCAGGAAAGUAUCUAAGAAUGUUCGCUGUAGGCAAAAAGAUGUUUAAAAUUAUUCUAAGGCCAAUUAAAAUUUUGAAAUGUAAGGGCACAACUGUAACACUGUUGGAGUGAUUUCAGUAUUCUUUAUGAACUAGAACCAUAAUUUGUUAUUUUAUUUAACUUAGUCAUUAAAGAAAACAAAGAGGUGGUUUUAUUGGAUGGAAUCUUGUUAUUAGUUGCAGGAUACGUGACAGAUCAUCCAGCCAAGAAUUGGAGCCUUAAGCUCUAAAUAUUUACCUGGUCCUGGUAACAGUAACUAAAACUGAAUAAGAAAAAUUUAAUAUAAUAUUUUAUAGCAAUUCUCAGGCGUUAUUUUAACCUGGCAUACAAACAUUGGGUAAGCAGUUGUGCAAGUAAAACAUCAAAAUAAGAAAUAAUGCUGUAUUUUAAAACUUUUCAUCAUGAUAAAUGUGAGACUUGUUUUUUCAUUGAUGAUAUGAAGACUGUACAUUUUUUGUCAUCUAUUCCAUCUGUAUAUUCAUUUUACAUGUUUUAUACGAUUAUUUCCUGCAUAUGUGUUAAUUACAUAUAAAAAGCAAGCAGAUCUAUGACCUUAAAAAGCACAAUCUCAUUAAAGCAAUGUUUAAAACAAUACACAACUGUAGUUUUCAUGCUAAAUUUAUUGAUAAUACUGGAAUUAUGAGUUAAUAAUGACAAUUUAUUUGCCAUCCUGGACAAGCAUGAUUGAGUACUAAUUUCAGAACCACUAGUUAUUCAAUCACAUGAACUUUUGUUAUUUGAUGCAUGUACGAAGUGUUGCUUUUAAAAAUGAACUAAAAUUCAAGUACAUGUGCUUAGUUCUUAUAAAGUGUAUGCAUGUAUGUGAGGUUUUAGGGAGGAUGUCGGUUGUUUUGUUUAUUUGUUUGAAAGUUAUUAAAUUGAAAGGUCAAGGUUUUUAACUGGUUGUAGAAAUGAAUAUAAAUUUGUAUUGAAUAGUUGAAAUAUUUGUAAGAAUGUGGUAGAAUGUUAUAUUUUAUGUUAAAGAAAAUAUAAAUGAUAAUAUAGAAAAUACAUGAAUACAGAAAAUAAGGAUAUGUUUAAAUAUGUUUACUCUGGAUUUUAAUGGACUCUCACCCAGUUUGUCUUGGUUAUUUUUCUUCAGAAAAGCAAAUUAACAAAAAUUUGAGAGUUCAAAUCAAACACAAACAGUUUUGUUUCAGUUUUCAUAUUAAUUCUAAAGAUCUAAGGUUUAACCCAGAGAUUUGCUGCAUGAUUCCAUCUUUAAUUUAAGCACUUCAAUUGCAUCCAUAAGCUAGACAUAAACAGUUCUUAAUAGAUUUUUAUCUAAAUACCCAGUACCAUGUAGCUCAGAUUUUAGGUUAUAAAUACUGCCAAUAUUAUAUAGUAAGUGUAUACAGGGUACAUUAAAUAUCAUGUCUCCCCUCUCCCCUUUGAAGAAGAGGUGGAUAUAUUGUUUUGCUUAAUGUUGGUUGACCAGUUAGCAGACCAUUCGGUUUGCCAUCAAUAACUAGAGAACGCUUAGUCUCACGGUGGGCAAACUUAACAGGAUGCUUGUCAGUGGUCAGUUGACCCCUAUUAUUUUAUUGAUCAGUUGGUCGAAGGCCAAGGUCUAGGCAAACAAAGUUACCUACCGACCUGCCUCCAUCAGGCCAUCAGGGGGGAUGUGUUUGUUUUAUUAAUAGCUCUUGUUUCAGUUUGAAAUGUCUGUAUUUGAAGCAGAAGACUAGAAGGUUUUAGUGCUUUCACAGCAAAUGAAAACACCUCUUGGACAAUACUAGAUUAGUUUUACUUUAUUUAUAUCUGUAACUAGUAAACAUACAAUUGUCAUAAUCUAUUGAUGCAACUUUUUGCUCUCAGAAUGUUUGAAAAUAUAUAUGUUGUAUAGUACUGGCUACUCCUCAGCAAACUGUGUUGAAGGCCAAGAUGUAUGGAUGCUUACUUAUAAAUGAAUAAAUGAGUGGGAACUUCAUGUCCCUGUACUCUGAAAGGUAAUAUUUUAUGAUAUAGCUAAAGUUGUCUACCUUGAAUUUAAAAAAAAGUGGGCAUUAUCUGAUUGCAUAUUUAUUUGAUUUUAUAUUCUUGCUGUUAAGUGCUGAUAAAAUUCUAACUGAAGAGUCAUUGUAUUGACUGGGAAGUACUUGAUUUUUUUUUAUUUUCAAAGUCAUAACAUUUGCUGCAGAGCUUCUUUAUACCAAAUCUGUGUUCAUUCUAGAAAUAUUAUUUAAAAAAAAAGAUUUUUCUUUUAAUUUAAUAUUUUUCUUGUUCGGGAAGUUUUCUUUGACUGGUAAUUCAUUUCAUGUAUGUGACUACAUGUUGGACUGCCAUUGUCUGUGAAACUUUAAUCAGAUCAAAUGGUAGAUAUUGAUUAUACAUUGAUAAGCACGAGUUGACACUUGUUGACAAAAUUAAAGCAGUUAGAUAUCAAGCUUUGAAAGCAUUUAUUUGUGCUACAGAUUUUAAGCAAUAUGUAUAUUUAACUGCACAGAUCUGAAGGCAUCUAAGGCUGUUGAGCGCAUGUGCCAAGUUCAGUGAUGAAGUAACUUGAGCUUUCUUUGGGUCUUUCCAAAAUCAUUGUUCUUUUUGUUGGGUCAUUGUAUACAGAUUAUGUUAUCAGCUUGUCUGUAUAGACAGUACUUUCUGUAGAAAGGAGCUUUAAACUGUUCCGAAAGACAUACUAAAAUGACUAACAUUUUCCUACACUCGUUCUCUGUUCUACAACAACUUCUUAUUUAAAAAAGUAAACAGAUAGGUGCAGAUUUUUUUUACAAAGUUUAGUUACCACUUACAUGGUUACUAUUGUUGCAAGUAUACUAUUUUUAGAUGGGUGAGGUUUGUAAGGAGUUAAUUUUUCCUUGAUUGCAUAAUUGUGACAUUAUCAUUUCUUUGUGAAUAUAUUAUUUUUCUAACUCAAAAUUUACAAGUGGAAAUAAAAAGACACUUUUAUUACCUGAUUAAAAACUCCCCCAUUUUAUGUUUUAACUUCCAUUUUGAUCUGUUUUAUUGGUAUACUGAUAGAUUUAUGUCAUUCAGACCCUUCAUUUUAUGGUUUUGAGUUAAGAGAUUUUCUAAGUGUCUAGUUUUUUUGUGUGCUGAAAUUGCAUACUGAAGUUGCCAUGAUUCAUCAUAGUUUAUUUUAGUGAAUUGUAUAAAAUGUUACUAUAAUACCUGUGCUGCAAGGUGUUUUGAAGAAACUGUCUUGGUGUUGGAUCAUUUAAGUUUGCUGCAGGACCUGUGUGCCUCAAUGAGGUACUUAAAUUAUGUGAGCCCUGUCCAUUUUGGACUCUGAAUGAAUGAAAUGUGUAUCUGUAGAAAAAAUAAAACAUUACGGUAUCAAUUUUUACUGACGGCCAGUGAAUUUCAUGCACCACCACAUGUAGAAAACUAGUUUGUAUAUUUUAGGCACAUUUCAGUUCAUUUAAAAUCAAUCUUAACAGACUUAAUACAAAAAGUUUGUCUAUUAACUGUAAGUAGGAUAUAUCAAGAUGAAAUUUGUAAUGUAUAAUGUGACAAAUUGCUUUCAUGGGAAAUAAUGUCGAAAAAAUAUUUUCUUUUUAAGAUCAUAGCCCGCCUGCUUAAGUAAAUACGGAGAGGGCAGAUCUGUGAAUCAUAGGAUCACGAGUUCAAGGAAAAGUGAUAUAUGGGUGUCAGUAUAUACAUUAUACUACUCUAGCUGGGCCAACUGUUCGUCUGAUGUCUAAACUUUGUUGACUUUCAUGAUUUUCAGUAUUCUUUAGAUUUCAGUAAGAUCAGCUAUGUAAAAAAUUUCUUAAAUGAUUUUACUUAGUUAUGAUCUGACCAGUGACUUAUACCCAUUGUCAGUAUCACUGGUCAACACUUAUUUCUGAUAUACCCAUUUCAAAACGAUAUAUAAUUACUAAAUGAUAUAACUGCAGAACCAAUGCCACAAACUCUACAGAAGUACCAUGCUUGACAUUGUAAAAGUGAAUGUGUGAUAACUUCUCCAUUAACUGUAUGAAGCAUUUUAUAUAUUCCUGUACAGAUAUUAUCACUUGUUAACAAAAGUUUCUUUGAUUUUUUUUUCAAAUAAAAUUCCUUGCAUGGAAUUACAUGUGCUUUGCUAUUUCAAAUGACAUUGUUUAUGAACAUUGUUUAUGACAAAUAAAAUAUCAUUUUAAGAAAA